AUGUAUAUAAUAUACUGCGCUAAUUUGCCUUGGGAUGAUAUUAUUAAUGAUAGAUCGAUGUACACAGUUGGUGAUAUUGUUCAAGUUAAAUUUGGAAAUAGGCAUUACAAAGGAGAAAUAAAAGCAAUUGAAGAAUUGAAUAUAUCAAUAAAAGGAAAUAAUGCAUAUCAAGCAUUAGCUAAUGUUUUUGGAUAUCAAGAUCAAAUUUUAACGUUUGUUCAAGACAUAUUUUCAGCAGUUGAACUAUUACAAAAAAAAUUGAAAAUAUUAACGGCGACGGUUGAAGAAGGAGGAAAGCAACAUUACGGUCUCCCCCAUCUUCAAGCUCUUCUUCUGUUCAAAUCCUAA